AAUUGGUACAACCUCGGUAAUUCAAUGAACUUCAAAGGAGAUCCCUCCAAGCUUCAUUUAAAGUUUUAGGUAACAUGAACUUUGAACUUUCAGCUUUACCCUAUAAGCUUUUACGCCAGUAAGAAAAAACGCCCGAUUUGUUCUCCGAUCUGUGGCUUUUCUUCAGCUUCUAUCUUACUGCAUCUCACCCCUUUUUUCUUUAUCGACCAAGACAAAAACCCGGGAACCGGGCGCAACCUAGCGCAUACAAUCCUAAUUCUCCCAUCGCCAAUUAAUCACAUUACAUCUUUCUAAUUCCUUGUCUUUCUUGUCCGCAAGCCACAACGGCCAUGGCGAACCUAGAUAAUCCAACGAAACCGGUCCAUAUCCUCUUCGUUGGUGCUGGCGCAGUGGGCUGUUUCUACGCAUCCCGACUCCACCAUCCUUCGCACAACAUCUAUACCUCCCUUACCGCCCGAUCGAAUUACUCAGCUAUCGCCGCCAAUGGAGUCAUCUUGGAAACCCAUUCAUUUGGCAAUUAUACUUUUUCGCCCUAUGCCGUGUUUCCCUCCAUUGCGCAUGCCGUCCCGACCCCGUCGGCUACAACCAAUCCCGCACCUACACGGCAAACCCCGAGAGAUGGUUGGGACUAUAUCAUAGUGACGACCAAAGCUCUCCCCGACCGGACCGACGACGCAGCUGCAGUCGCACCACUAGUCUCCGCCAAGACUUGUAUAGUAUUGAUACAAAAUGGAGUGGGCGUAGAAGAGCCAUACCGUAAGCGCUUCCCGCAAAAUCCGAUAGUGAGCGCUGUUACCGUCAUUAGCGCCGAGCAGAUCAGAAAUGGUGUCGUACGGCAGAACAGGUGGACGAGAAUUAGCCUAGGACCGUACGGCAGUGGACUCGGCAUACCGCCUGAUCCGAACGACGAGCUAAGCGAUGUAGUGAAACAAGGCCACGAACGCAUGGAUCAGCUGGCGCGGUGGUGGAUUCGGUACGGUGGUAUCCGCGACGUCGAGACGCACACUGAGCUUGAAUUGCAGACUAUUCGAUGGCACAAGCUUUGUAUCAACGCCGCAUUCAACCCCACAGCCGUGCUAUCCGGCGGUCGCGGCAACGCCGACCAGCUGACCGAUCCUGAACUGCGCGAGCACAUCCAGGGCGUCAUGAACGAGAUCUGGAACGCCGCACCCAAAGUUCUGGGGAAACCGUUCCCAGAUAACUUGGCCAAGCCUGAGAAGAUCAUCAGCAGCACCGAAAGGAAUGCCGGUGCUAGGCCCAGCAUGCUGCUUGAUUGGGAGGCUGGCCGACCCAUGGAGCUUGAAGUCAUACUUGGGAAUCCGAUCAGGAUUGCCAGAAGGGCUGGCGUAGAUAUGCCCAAGUUGCAGACACUAUAUGCGCUGCUGAGGAGCAUGCAGAAGGUCCGAGAGGAUCAAAAGGCUCAGGGGAAAUUAUAAAGAAUUUUUGCAGGGCGUGGUGCGUUUGUUUUUUAGCAGUGGUUAAGUGAAAUUCAAUAUCCAGAAACGUUGCCCAUA